CCACCGACGACUUAUUACGACAUCGCUCACACCUUCAGCAAUUCCCUCUAUCUUACCGAAAACCUCAUUGCCCGAGGCCUUCCUGUAUUUUCUUAUCACUGCACCUUUACCUGACCGUACACAUGCUCCUACAGCCUGCCGCAAAUCCAGGUUCUCCGUUCGCAGUCUGAUCGUGUGCUCUCUGCCUCAUCCACCGUCAUGGACAACCAGCAGUUUCGACGCUUGCUGCUUGCCAACAGCCAGAAAAGCCAUGAUAGCCAAAAUCACAAACCUCCGCCGCCAGCAACGUCGACAUCUACGUUGGGCUCACGCAAGCAUUCCAACAUCCCUAUGACCCCACGUCAAGUGGGCCGAUCUUCAGUGAAUUCUGAUUUCGCUCGACAAUUGGCUGAACGUAAUGCCAGAGGUGCUCAUACGAAGAAAUGGAAGUCAUCGGCACCCAAGGGCGUCAAGCUGGCUGCUGGCUACAUCGACCGCACAAAGUUGCGUACAGAUGACGACACGGGAGAAUUGGCCCAGCGCGUCAAAGCACUAGAAGAAGCGAUGAAGCUUGGGCAGAUUGACCGCGACACUUUCGAUAAGCUCGUCCAAGAGAUAACAGAUGGUGAUAUUGAUUCCACACAUUACGUGAAGGGGCUGGACCGGAAACUGUUGGAUCGCAUUCGAAAAGGCGAAGACGUGCACGAUAGUGCAAAACGGAGCGCGGUGACUCAAGAAGACAAGUCUGACCUUGAAGACGAGUUCGAUGAGAUUGAGCAACGGGAGCUGGUUCCUUUGAGCAAGGAGGAGAUUGAGAAGAAAGGCGAGACCGCACCGCUAGCACCUGUCGCAGGAGCCAAAAGAAACAGGGAUGCAAUUUUAGCGGAACUCAAAGCGCAGAGAAAGGCAGCCAUGGAAGCAGAGGAAGCUGAGCGUGAGAAACAUUUUCCUUCUUUAGGACCUGGAUUUCGCAAGGUGGGAUUCAAUGGUGAGACAACAAGGAUCGAGGUAGACUCGAAGGGACGUGAGGUACUGAUCAUCACCGAUGCAAACGGUAAGGAGAAGCGAAAGGUCAGGAAAAAGAAAACAGAAGAAACCGUCCCAGAACCACGCUAUGACUUGGACGAACCUUCAAACCCAAUCAAAAUACCCGAGGCACCUGCAGAGACAGAAUCCGAAGAUGAAGAUAUCUUCGCUGGGGUAGGGUCGAGCUAUAAUCCGUUAGUGGACAUAGAAGACGGAGAUGAUUCUUCGUCUGAGGGUGCGACCUCCGAUCUUGAAGUCGCAGGUGAAGCAACAAAAGUGAAGCAUAAAGGUCAGGAAGCCGUGAAAAGUACUGGAAAUGAGGCGUCUCCGUCGACUUCUACAUCAAUGUUACCCGAACCUUUACCACGUCGCAAUUACUUCGGUAGCACUCCCGAAUCGACGACAUCAAGGCCCUCGGCCGGCGAUGCUACUGUCCUUGCAGCACUUAAAAAGGUUCGCACGAUGGACCCAUCUUCUACUCUUCUCCAAACCGAUGAAGAAGCACGCCUCCAGAAGCGAGCGAAAAUGCUUGCCGCUAACGAUCGUGAUAUGGAGGAUAUAGAUAUGGGAUUCGGUAGCAGCCGUUUUGAUGAUGCCGAGGAGAUGGAACGAGACGGCGAAGCUGUCAAGUUCUCGGAAUGGAAAGGUUUGGGAGCCGAGGAUGAGGACGACGAAGGUGAUGGGAGAGGAAGGGGUGCUAGCAAAAGGAAGAGAGGCCCGAAAAAGAAGAAGGGUGACAAGCACAGUGCUCUUGAUGUUAUGAAAGUAAUGGACAGGCAAAAGGAGAACAAGACCCUGGGUUGAGUAUUUGCAUGCGGUUAAUGAGUUUAUAAAUACCCUCGAGCAUAUACAAACAGCUCCUUCGCAUCUUUCAUGGUGUGAAGCCAUCAUAACUCGUUCAUUGUCUAGUGGUGUGUUUGCACUGCAUUUAU